CUUAAGAUCUACUCAAACUUCAAUACUAGUUUUACAUGUUAGUUUUGCACAAUCUGAAUGAAAUCAUUAUAAUGAAAUAAACAUGUAUAUUCAAAUAUUGUUUUUUAAUUAUGGCAAAGCCAAUGUGUGUUUAACAAGAGUGUAGCUAAAAUGGAUAUACAAUUACCAUUACAUGUUCAUCCGCAGUUUGCAACGUAUGCUAUAUUUUGUAGAAUAUUAUGUUGUGCUAUAAACACACUUUUUUGGGGGGUUAUAAAGACACAUAGUUUUGUUUAGAGGGACAUCAUUCGUGUCAGAAGAGCGUUUAUGGAGUUCACUGCAUAGCGUCUGUCAAAUAAAAGGCGAAAUACAAUAAUGGAAACAAGCAUGGAGAUUCCAGAGCAUUUCACAGAAUUGUCUAUCCGGAUUUCGGAAGCACUUAAUGAUAGCGGAGCUGGGAAGGAUACUGUAAUGGAGCGGAGAAAAACGUUCUUAUGGAGAGAGCGCAUGGAAAUAAUAUCAUUGCGACUAAUAGGAUCUUAUACUGAAUGUUUUCAUUUCGGGAGCCAAUCGGAAGGGACGACAACCCCCGGUCUCCAGUCUGAUAUUGAUUUGCUUAUCAGUAACACCAACGCGAAAAUCAUGAGAGCCUGGCAAGACUGGGAAGCCGGAAAGGGGAACCUUCUGAUGCUCCACAACGAAAACACAUCUCCGCAACAGUACUUGCUACAAGUCAUCCAACAGUAUACACCCGAACCAGAUAGUCGUUUGCACGAUUACUUUUACGUGAGGACAGAUUCUAUGGAAGUUAUUUUAAGCGCUGAACAAUUUAAAAAUAACAUCGAACCUAUGCAUAGAGCUCAUGUAGGAAUACAAGCCUACGUAAAUGGACCCUGUGUAAUUGUCGUAAAAGAAUGGGAUGUUGUAUACGCAUUUCCCGUGCUCAAUCAUUGUCCUGAAAUACAACACUGGAUAAACAGAUGUAGAGGUAGACACUGGCCGCCUGCCCAGCUACUUGAGGAUGCACGCGUAGCUCCGUGUUUCCUGGUAGCAGCCGGCCAUUCAGAAAGUGAUUUCAAACACGAGGAAUGGCGCCUGUCUCCGAACUUGAUAGAACGAAAUUUAAUGUUUAGCUUUAAUACAACACAACUUAAAUGUUACGUUAUUUUAAAACUAAUUAAACGAUCCUUAUUGUAUGAUAAUGUUGGAGAUUUUGUAACAAGCUUUUAUUGUAAAACUAUCAUGUUUUACACAAUCGAACGAACCAAUCCUUUUAAGUGGUUCGAACAUAACAUUAUGUUUGUACUUUCACUUUGUUUACGCACAUUAAGGGCAUUCCUGCGAUUGGGAAGGCUCCCGCAUUAUAUCAUAGAAGGAGUGAAUUUGUUCGAUGGGAAAGUCUCUCAGGCUCAGCAAAGACGCCUUAUAGUGUAUAUAGACAACAUGGUUAGGAACAACUUACAGCAAAUAUUUUGCAUUGUUUUAGAUAACUUUGGAAGUCGUUUACAAGCGCGUGGUUCACUGCGAAACGGAAAUGAUGGAGAACUUAAGCGUAAAUGCUUACAUAACAGCAUUAGCUUACUUCUGAGGUUUGAGUGUAUGAAUACUGUGUGUCAUCGGUUAAGCAAUAUUAUAAAUCAAAUACACAACUCUGAUACAACCUUCGAGCAAGAUAUAAAAAAUACAUUACACAGUGCUGUUCAAAUCUCUACGAAUGUAAGAUUGAAAAGUGUUGCUUUAGAAUUCAUUAAGCACCUGUAUGGGUUAGUACAGUCAAUCCAAUCAUCUGACUGUUUGCGACUACGCAACGUUGUUAAAAGAGAAAUUAUAAUGCGUUUCAAAUAUUCAUUAAACACGGAUGUAGCUUCUAGUCGCUUAAAGUUGGCUUCUAUAUUGUACUGUUGUGGUCAUGUUCACGCGGCAGUUAGAGUGUUGGAGGAUGUGCAGAGGAGAUAUCACAACAGGGUCAAUGUGGAUAUAGAAAUGUAG